AUGGCCUUAUGGGAAAAAGAAGGAAAGAGCUCAGAGAAGAAACGAUCUAGCCCUGCUAUUUCAGAUCUUUCACAGAUCCUUAAGUCUCAAGAUGAAUCAACUUUUUUAGAGAGUUCAAAUGAAGUUUCAGUUGCUGAAGACCUAGCCUAUAAAUUUCCAUCAGAGAGCUAUGAUAAAUCACUUGCAACAAUAUCGUCCAGCAAAGAAAUUCAGGAUUUGCUGUCUGUUGGAACAUUGGCUCAAAAAAAUGAAACAGUGAUACCACCAUUCAUUUUACCUCCUGUUCUUACAGAAAAUAAAAAGGCAGAUGUUUCAGAAGAACAAUUACAACAGAAGACUGAAGAACAAACUUACCAAGCAGCAGAAAUAUCUCAAGCUGACAGUGAAGUUCCAUAUGAAAAUCUUAUGGUUGAAAAUAAAGAUUCAGUAACAAAAGUCCAAAUAGAACAAAUGAAACAAAGAACUUAUAGUAUGGAAAGACACAAGGCGACUCUUAUAACUCCACAAUUGCCCGAGGAUGUGGUUUUAGUUUCAAGAAGCCAAUCUCAAACUAAAAAUCUUGACGCUACCAGAAAUGAGAGUUUUCAUUCUCAUUAUGAUGUACGAGAAGAAAAUCUUACGCUUGAACAAGACACAAAGUCAAAAACGGAAGUGGAAAUAAAGAAACAAACAUCUUUUCAAAAUAAUCAACUUGACACUCAAAAUGAGGUAACAAAUGAAGGGCUUGUAGUUGAGUAUCAAGAAUCAAUGUCAAAAACUAAAUUGGAAGUAAAGCAACAAGAAAAUUCUGCAGAGCAGCAACUCACCACUCAUGAUGAAGAACCAGAUGAAAAUCUUAUACUUAGGCAUCAAGACUCAGUGUCAAAAUCAGAAAUGCAAGUGAAGGAACAAAGAACUCUCAAAGGGCAAAUAAUUACUACUCGUGAUGAAGAACCAGACAAAAAUCUUGUCCUUGAGCAUCGAGAUUCAGUGUCAAAACUUGAAAUGCAAAUAAAAAAAACAAAAAAACUUCCCAUAGAGAAAAGACAUAGUACUCAUGAUGAAGAAUCUGGUGAAAAUCCUGUGCUUAAAAAUCAAGAUUCAGUGUCAAAAAUCCAGGUGCAAUUGGAGAAAAAAGAAACUUCUGGAGAAGGACAUAGCAUUCCAGAUAAAAAUCCUAUGUUGGUUCAUCAAGAGUCAGUCUCAAAACUCCAAAUGCAAGAAAAGAAGAAAAUAAGUCCUGGAAAGGAAAGGCAUAACAAUUCAGAGUCAAAACUCCAAAUGCAAGAUAAGAAACAAAUACAUUUUGGAGUAGAAAGGCGCAAAACAUUUCCUUUUGAAACCCGAAAAAAGGAUAUAUUACUUGAACAUCUAUUGCCUGAGGAGAAAGUUUUAUUAUCAAGAAGCCAAUCUCAAACCAAGAAACUUCAAGCUAAAGUAAUUUCAAUAAAAAUUAAAAAUGAAGCAGCCUCAGAACUUCCAGAUACAGCAGAAAAUCCUUCAGCAGUAUAUCCAUCAAUUAGCGACUUAAUAAUUCAAUUUGAUUUAAACAAAGUGGUUGAGACUGAUAUAGAAAGCUUGAAGGGUGCUUUGGGAAGACGCUUAUUAAAGGAUGAAUUCAAGACACAGUUAAAGAGUUUUCCUGGGCCUGAUAUAGAACAAUUGACAGGUGCAUUUGGAAGAGGUAUACUAAAGGAUGAAUUUAGACCAAUAUCAAAGAGUCCCCCUGAGACUGAUGAACGAUCGCCUAGUGCAACUGAGAGAGGUACAAUAAAUGAUGAAAUUAAGACACAGUUAAAGAGUAAGAGUUAUCCUGAGGCUGUCCUAAAACGCUUGAAAGACAUUAAUGGAAAAGAUAUCAUAAAGCAGCUAAUGGACAUACAAUUAAAGAGUCAUGCAGAGCCUGAUAAGGAACACUUGGCAGAUGCUAUUGGAAGAGGUAUAAUAAAGGGACCAAUCAGUGUACAACUAAGGGGUCACCAGGAUAUUGAUAAGAACUUCUUUUCAUAUGCUAUUGGAAGAAGUAUAAGGAAGGAGUCAAUUAAGGCACAAUUUAAAAGUCACCCAGAGACCUAUAAGGAAUUCUUGGCAGAUGCUAUUGGAAGAGGUAUAAUAGUAGGGCCAAUCAUUAAACAACUAAAGACUCACCCAGAGACUGAUACAGGACUCUUAAAAGAUGCUAUUGGAAGAGAUAUAAUAAAGGGACCAAUUAAUACACAAUUAAAGAGUUACCAGGAGACUGAUACAGAACCUUUGACAAAUGCUAUUGGUUCAAGUAAAACAACUGGUGAGAGAAAGACACAACCAAGGACUCACUAUGAUGUGAACGUAUUUAAACAUAAAGAUAUGUCCAUACAACGUCAAGAAGGUAUCUUUACUAGGAGACUUACACCAAGUAAAUUCCCAACAAAAGUAAUCAAUUUAUCACCCUUUGAAAAUAAAGAGGAAACUUAUGAGUACUCUUCACCCUAUGCAACUGCACCUUCACCCUAUCUGACUGCACCUUCACCCUAUGUGACUGCACCUUCACCCUAUGUGACUGCAACUUCAAAAGCAACUUACAGAACGUAUAGGGCUGGUUCAAGCUUUUCUAAAAACAUGUACUUUCCUUUACUGAAUCAACUCCCUUCAGGGCAUUCGAAAGUUGUUACCUUAAAUCGAAAAACUAUUGACUUUACAAAUACUCUGCCUGCUGUGACCACAAUUAUAAAACCUACCUAUAAAGGUAAAAGAAUCACUACAAUAUAG